AUAAACUCCUGCCUGUGCAGACCCCACUUCUAUAUCUCCUUUUGUGUCCAGUCAGGAAGACCAGGGAGAAUAAAGAUGAAGCUUCUCUUUGCAGCCGCUUUUACCGUUUUCAUCUUGUCUGCCUUGGACCGGGCAGAUUCUUCUGCCUAUGACAAGAUAUUGACCCACAGCCGAAUCAGAGCAAAGAAUGAGGGCCCAAAUGUCUGUGCUCUUCAGCAAGUUAUGGGAACCAAAAAGAAAUACUUCAGUACUUGCAGAAACUGGUAUAAGGGAGCAAUCUGUGGAAAGAAGGCCGUAGUGUUGUACGAAUGCUGCCCUGGUUAUAUGAAACUGGAAGGAAUGCAAGGCUGUCCUGCAGUGGCUCCCAUUGACAAUGUUUAUGGCACCCUGGGGAUUCUGAAUGCGAUCUCAACCCAAACAUACUCUGAUGUGUCAAAACUGAGAGAGGAGAUCGAAGGACAGGGAUCUUACACUUUCUUUGCACCAAGUAAUGAGGCGUGGGAUCUUUUGGAUCAUGAGAAGCGGAGUGCCCUUGUCAGCAAUGUAAACAUUGAGCUGUACAACGCUCUUCACUACCACAUGGUAAACAAGAGAAUGCUGACUAAAGAUCUGAAGAAUGGCAUGACACUGACUUCCAUGUACAAUGAUCUGGGCCUUUUCAUAAACCACUACUCCAGUGGGGUUGUUACAGUCAACUGUGCUAGGAUCAUCCAUGGCAACCAGAUCGCCACAAACGGUGUUGUUCAUGUAAUUGACCGUGUUAUCACUGCAGUUAGUAACACCAUUCAAGAAGUUAUUGAAGUUGAAGAUGACCUUUCCUCUUUCAGGACCGCUGCUGUUGCUUCUGGCAUGCUGGAGAUUCUUGGUAAACCUGGACAUUACACCAUAUUUGCUCCUACUAAUGAAGCCUUUGAGGAGCUUCCUCUAGCUGUUCUGGAAAGGAUCAUGGGUGACAAAGUAGCUCUUCAAGCUCUGCUGAAGUUCCACAUCCUGGACUCUGUUCAGUGCUCUGAGGCUAUAAUGGGUGGUGCGUCGUACGAGACCCUGGAAGGCAACAACAUUGAGAUCGGAUGUGAUGGCGAGAGCAUAACAAUCAAUGGUGUCAAGAUGGUUAAGAGCAAGGACAUUGUCACCACCAACGGUGUUAUUCACUUAAUUGACCAAGUUCUGAUCCCUGAUUCAGCUAAGCAGGUUCUGGAACUUACUGGCAGCUCUCACACCACCUUCACAGACUUGAUUGCAAAGAUGGGACUGGCAGCUGCAAUGAGAGCAGAGGGGGAAUACACCUUGCUAGCGCCUUUCAAUGAAGCCUUCUCUCAUGAAGUGACAACCAUGGACCAGAGAAGCCUUAGAUUAAUUCUGGAGAAUCAUAUUCUGAAGUUUAAAGUUAUCUUGAGUCAACUGUACAAUGGACAGCGUCUAGAGACCCUUGGAGGAAAGUUUCUUAGGGUGUUUAUUUACCGAACAGCUGUCUGUAUCGAGAAUUCUUGCCUGUUGAGAGGCAGCAAAGAAGGAAGAAAUGGCGCCAUCCAUCUUCUGAGGAAUAUUAUUAGGCCAGCAGAAAAGUCAAUGCUGGAAAUCCUGAGUGAAGAUGAUCGAUUCAGCAUGUUCCUGACGCUGAUAGACGCUGCAGGUUUGACUGAGAUUCUCUUGCAAGAUGGAGAUUGGACACUUUUUGCACCAACCAACGAUGCCUUUGAUGGUCUGAGCGAGGAGGAGAUGGAAAUUCUCACAAGUGACCCUAACGCUCUGAGAACCAUUCUGCUGUAUCAUCUUAGCAAUGGGAUCUUCAUCGGUGAUGGGAUGGAAGGUGGUGUCACCAACCUUUUGAAAUCUAUCCAAGGCAGCAACUUAAUGGUGAAACAAGUCAACAACACAAUUGUGGUGAAUGAAGUAAAAGCAGUUAAAAAUGAUGUCAUGGCAACCAAUGGUGUAAUUCAUGUUGUUAAUUCGUUGCUGUAUCCAGCAGAUAUCCCUGUUGGAAAUAAUCAACUUCUCGUUCUCCUUAAGAGGCUGAUUAAGUACAUUCAGAUCAAGUUUGUUCAGGGAUACAGAUACAAAGAAAUUCCAUUGACUUUUUUCACGAGGAGAUUUAUUACAACUGAGAUCAAAACAGACCCUGAGAUUAAAGUCAUUGGAGGAGGGAGUACCCAAACCAUUACUAAAGUCAUUCAAGGCGAACCCUCUAUCACAAAGGUCACCAGGGUCAUUGAAGGGAACCCCUCAAUUACAAAGGUUACAAGGGUCAUUCAAGGAGAGCCGUCUGUCACAAAGGUUACAAGGGUCAUUGAAGGGCAACCUUCAAUUACUAAAGUCACAAGGGUGAUUCAAGGGGAACCUGAAUUAAGAAUUGUCGAUGGAGGAGAGACAUUCACUAAAGUUAUCCAAGGCCCUCAUUACAAAGUGACUCGUGUUACCUCAGAUGGGCAAAUUGACGAUGAUGAGACACUUACAAAACUGCUUGAGGAAGAAGUUACCAAGGUCACAAAACUUCUUGGAACUGAUGCACAUUUACUUGGAGAUGACAAAAUCAACGAGCUUCUUCAGGGAGGCCCUCAAUUCACCCAAGUCUCCACCCAUGUGACUGAAGGAGAUCCUCAGCUGGUUGAAGAGUCGGAGAGAAUAACAAAACUCAUUCAAGAAGGGCCCGUGAGAAGAAUCCCCAACAGAAGAAUUCCAGCUGGACAAAGAAGAAGAACAAGAUUGGUCCGUCACAAGAAAAGACACGCAUAGUGAGGAAAUGCGGAUAAUCUUUUGAAUGAUGAAACAACAAUUAAUGAGAAACAAGAGAAUCCAGUCAAAAGACACUUGGUGUCAACAACAACUUAUCGUUAAUUAUGAAUAGAUAAUGGUUCAAGAAAUAGAACAUGAACAAAAUGUAAAGAAAUGUUUUGGUAUAUGUAACCUCCAAGUAAUUACAUUUUGCUGUAAGAAUAGUGUUAAUUUCCAAGACAAUUUUGAUAGGUCGAGACAUUUGGGAACUGUUUCAAUUGUGGGAUUGGGAAGGUAGUGUAAGGAAUAUCAUAACAAACAGGGAAUAUUUCUUUUUAAUAAAAAUGGUGGCAGGAACUAGGAAACAGUUUGAAACAUGUACUUGCCACAAUAUUAAAUAGGUAAUGGGGAAACAGGUAGCAUACAGUAGGAAAGGUUACAUUCUUUGGUGCUCUCAAUUUGAUCUCAAAAAUGCUUAAAGAAAGAAAUAAUGCUUAGCAAGAUUCAGAUACUAACUGAUGUAAUUCUGUCUGUAAAUUAUGUAACUUCACAGCUGACCAAAUGGUAUACCCCUAGUUUUGUAUUCAUGCAAUUGUUCAUUUUCCAGCUUUAUGCAUUUUUUGUAUUUUUUUAAACUACAGUGACAAUGCAACUUUUUAAAAAAUGUUCUAUUUUUAUGUUCUUUUGUCUGUUCUCAUGGCUUUAAAAGCUUCCACUGCCUUUUUUUUUUACCUCUGUUUUUGGAAACAAGUGUAAAUAAAGGACUUUAUUGAAUUUCA